GGAUGGAUUUGUCUAACGAGUUUUGUGCUGUCUACAAGCUUGCUUCUUGCGAAAACAGUACCAGGAUUCUGGUACAUUAGUAGCUUAGCCAUGUCAGUCGAUACUAAUCAGGUUGCAAGGCGGUGCGAGGAACCAUCCACACUCCCGCAGUCUUAGCUCAGCAACGUGCUGACAACAUGUCUCCCUGUUUUUAAAUAAGUUCCUACCCGAAGCUCGGGUGCAUUUUGAGCCGACUCAAAAUACCCCUUCACCCAAUCGUGAAACCCGCUAGUUCUCGGAUGGACGAUGACCAUGAUGUGGGUAGCUACUAUCGCGGCUCCAGAAUCUAUCCCCAGCUAGCCAAUCCCCCGAAAAUGGGGCCCACCAUUUGCACAUUCGCCAUGACAGCCAGGCUGGCAGUCUCCAGCGGCGAGGGGCCCUCCUCCGUCGUCGCCGCGAUGCCUGUUUUCGGCCAGAGCCUACUCGCCGAAUCUUGGGAUUCGCCCGACGAAGGCGGCGAGUCACCCGGACGACCCCAGGUAAGCAGAGCCGCGUCAAAAGCGGGGAGCAGCAGCAGCGCGAGAGAUGAUCCCGGCAACAGCGGCAACAGCGGCGGCGGCGGCGGAGGAAGGGCUGGAGAGGACUUCGAAAUAGAGUUCCCGCCAACGGGUAGCUCUUCCCGGCUUGCCGCGGCUGCUGCUCGCAACGCGGCUGCUAGUGGCACCACUGCUGUUACCAGUGGUAGCCGAGAGUAUGGUACCGCCGCAUCGCCAGGCCUUGGCUCGGGUUCGCGAGGGAUAGAUCUACGGCGUGGAUUCGGGUCUCAGGGGGGGUCGCUCGAUCGAACGGCUCCGGGCAGCCGUUCCGCUCCGCAUGUGACCGUGGCGGCGGCGGCGGCGCUGGCGAUUGCGGCGGUGGAUAAAGAGCAGCGACAGGCGAAAGCGGCGGCAGCGGCGGAGGCGGCGGAGGCGGCGGGCACGGUUUCUGGGCCGUCGUCGUCGGCUCCGAGAGCAGAAGCUGCGAAUCUGCUCGGCCUGUCGGGACGAAGAGGAAGACGAGGCGACGGGGACUCGAGGGGAGGAUCUGGUGGUGCGGGAGGCGCAGCAGCAGCAGGGGCAGGAGCAGGAGCAGCGGGGGUGGCCUUGGGAAUGCCGCCGACUCCCAAGCGGGCGUCAAGGCACGGCCGGUCGCGGUCGUCCACGGCGUUCCUCUCCCUCUCGCUCUCCCCCUUCUCCUUCUCCUCCCAGACCUCCACCCCCCUCGCGAUGUCCCCCCUAGGGACUCAUCUCGCGCCGGAUUUAGUGGGCUCCAGUGGCGCAAGCCCGCGGCUUUCCCCUGCUGACGUGGCAGCAGCAGGAGCUCUCGCCACGUCAGCAUCGUCGGCGUCCCCCAGCCCGCGUUUGCAGGCGCCGCCGGACGGGCUGCAGCCGUCCUCGGAACUCGCUAAGAGCAGGCGCGGUAGAGGCAGCCACUCCCGCAGCCGCAGCUACUCCGAGCCUUUCUGGUUCCUCGGCCAAACCUCAGGCUUGGACUUGAAAAGCCCGGGCCGGUUCAGGUUCGGGCUCAAGGCUCUGUCCGUGAGCGGGGAAGGUGCUGAGGGCGAGGAGGGGGGAGGCGGAGGAGGGGGAGGAGGAGGGGGAGGAGGAGGGGGAGGAGGAGGGGGGGAGUAGGGGGGGUUGGAGCAACAGCAGGCGCAGGUGCGGGAGUAGGUUAUAGUGACAGUGGGGCAUCGUCGUCAGGGGACGACGCGUGGAGGGGGUUGGGUAGGAGAGGCAGAAGAAUUCUAGAAGGAAGCGGCGCAGCUGGUAAUUAUGGGAGUUGGAGCAAAAGCCGCAGCAGAGGAGGCACACUGAGUCCUAUCCGCUCCGACAGUUUCGACCGCUCACACGGUGACACGUGUCACUCCGCAACCGGCACUUCUGCUUCCCCACCCCACGGCCGCGUAUCGUUCUCCGCCAGUGCGCUCCCCCCGCUCGCCAUCCCCCCCUCCUCCAGCCUCGACGACACUCCCCAAGCCAGCCCCUUGCUUCAGGGGGGGGGCGGCGGCGGAAGGUCCUCCUCCCGCCUCCAGCCGUUCUCCCCCAGUCUUCUUCCCCCGAUUCGCGCACGCACUGGCGCAGGCGGCGGAAGCGGAAGCGGAGGCGGAGGCGGAAGCGGGUUCAGCCCAUGCGAAAGUCCGCAUUCCAGCAGGGGCGCGGGGAGCGCGACGGGAAGCGCGGCUAAUAGUACCGCAAAUAGUCCGCGGAUGCCCUUUAGUCCGCUAAGGUGGGCGGGACUAGGCGCUUUAGGGUUUCGAACGUCGUCUAGUCAUAAAGCGAGC